GACGACGUGAACUUUCUGUGAAAUUCUUUCUCUCUAAAAAACCGAACUCAAAAAAACCCAAUUUCGCCGCGCCGGAACCCUAGAUGGCUGAGAAAGACGGAGACCCCAUGUCAAUCGAUGAAGAUGAAAUUCGUUUGGAUGAAGAUGAAAUUCGUUUCGGUGAAGAGUCCGCCGACGCCGACGCCUCUGCCGCGCCGGUCUCCCUCUCCGACGAACUUCGCCGAGAGCCGGUCUCCCUCUCCGAAAUUGCAGCAGUGCUCAACGGUCAGAUUGGCGCUCAUAUAGCGGCCAGAAUCUCAGCGAUGAUGAUUAAUUUCGGCGAUGAACUUGCCGGUGAUUUGUCGUCCCACAUUCUUUCCGAUCUUACUACAUACGGCCAGUGCUUUGACGUGUAUCUUCCGGCGUACCUUGACCGGUUCAUUCCAUUGUUUAUGGAAACAAAUGGCAGGCCCUGGAUUCAACAAUUCUUCGCUGAUUUUGACUUGAAGGAUUAUCUUGAGGAGGAUGUUGAGGAAGAGGACGAUCCUGAGGGUCAAGAAGAAGAAGAGGAGGGUCAAGAUGAAGAUGACGAUAUUGAGGGUCAAGAAGAAUAUGAACAGGGUCAGGAUGAAGAUGAAGCCUCAAGAUGAGGUCAGAAAUAGGAGGCAAAUCACUUCAAGACUCUUUUCUGUAGCUGUGAAGGGUGUUAUCUUGCUGUAUGUUGGCUUUUAUCACUUUCAAUCGCUCCAUCUACCGUCCCUCCAUCUACUGACUGAACUUUUGAACUCCCUCCAUAUAGAUAUCUAGCAUGGAUAGGCAAUCCUGACAGGAUUCACUUUGUAUGUGGAUCUUCUAUUAGACCUACUUACCAGUAGUAUUGUCACUUUAAUUUCAAAGAUAUGUGGGGGAUUGGUGUACUUCUGUCAUGAUUGUAGAGUGUUAUCAAAUAUCAAUAUUGAAAAUCAGAUUUUCUUAACU